UACAGAGCUACAUCAAUGGCGGCGACACCAACCGCCUGCGCUUUCUCCCCCGCCAUUCCAUCCCUCUUGCCUCUCAUAACAAACCCUAAUAAACCCAUUUCCUUUUUCCGACCGUUUUCUGAUUCCCAGAAAAACCCUACCGUCGGCCUCUCCUGGUCCUCAACCCACGGACGAAGAAACCCCCUCUGCUCAAGAAUCUCCCAUACGGCAGGUGUAGCACCAAAGCAGCGCUAUGUGGUGCUGGCCGUUUCUGGGUUGAUGAGUGGCAAUUCUGAGACGGACGCAGAAUGGGAACCCAAUAAUCCGAAUACGGAUGCUACGAUUGACAUACAACUUCCAAGAAGAAGCUUGCUUGUGAAAUUUACUUGUAAUUUGUGUGGUGAAAGGACAAAUAGACUCGUCAAUCGAUUGGCUUAUGAGCGGGGGCUCAUUUACGUACAGUGUGCAGGGUGUCAAAAGUAUCACAAGUUAGUUGAUAAUCUUGGCCUUGUGGUUGAGUAUGACUUAAGGGAGGAUUUCGAUGUGGAUACAAAUGCGGAUGAAGUUUGAUCCGACGUUGAAUUCAUUACGCUACUUUUGAGUUGUCUUUGUGAUAAAGUAAUUCUUGGUGGUUGUUGGAAUUCAUCUCCCUUGAUAUAUUGAACACGAAGUAAACAAAAAAGUGGUAAAUGUUGAUCGUUCAUCUUUUGUAUUA